AUCGAUAAAACUUUAGUGAAUUCGAUAGAUUUUCGUGGUGAACCUUGGAUACACCCAUGAUUGUAAAAAAGUUGCAAUCUGUCGCGAUAAAAUUGGUUACAGGUUUUUCACUUCCAAACAUCUUCCAAUUCAUUGUAAUAUGAUUGACGCGAGUGUUUAGUUGAAUUAAUUAUUUACAGUGAAGCGUAUAAGCGAAUUAAGAAAAGUGUAAUGGUCAAGCUACAGCGAACAGAGGACCGUCUGUUACCAAUCCGUCCGACGGUGAUCUGUCGAGUGUGCGGAGUGGGGGGACUUGAUCAUAAAUGAAUAAUUAGUGUAAAUGAAGAAAAUGGCCCAAUUGAAAAAUGGAAAGGAGAUCAAAAUAGUAUAUAAAUUUUGCUGGUUUUCGCUGUCAGACUGAGUAAAGAAAAUGAAAUAGCAAGCUGGGUGAUAACCGAUCAAGAUUUACUAAGCGUGAAACGGGAGACUUGAAUGUCAGUGGCGACGAACCUUCAUUGAUUUAGCGAUGCCUUACAGUAGUGUGUUCGUUGAGCUCGCAUGAACAGAAGUCGCAGCACAAUGCUGUGGUUAACUGUGGGCUCUGUUGGUUCAAUGCUUGAAAUCUUUACUCAUGCCUGGAGAUGCUUGAUUGAUUUUCAAAUAUAUAAAACUAAUGAUUGCUCAGGCGUUUUACUCGUAUUAUCCGAUCCAUUAAGCCUAUGGUUGUUUUGGCAUGGCCAGUAAACUUGAGUGACGCUGAUAUUAUUUUCAGUUGGAAUUCACACACAUUUUUUAUUAUGGAUCAAUAAACUCAUGCCGGUUUACGUACAUGAAUACUAAUACAUUAAAUUUGGAGUUCAAAAACAUUUUUAACUCAGUAUAGGAUUUGUGUCUAGCAAAAUCUAUACUUUGGUUUAUCAUUCUCAAAUUACAUAUUGCACAACUCUAACACUCGUUUAAAACAUUCCAGACAGAAAUGUUGAACCAUUAACAUUUGAGCUUUAAGAUUCGAACACUUAUCCGGUGUGUACGAAACAUAGCAUAAAACCUGAUUCCAACCCGACAGUUGAUACGAGUUCACAGUGAAGCCCGCUGUGUUAGUGUUUUACUUUCAGUUUCAGUUGUCCAGCCCAGAAUUAGAAUGAAGCAACAGUCCCGGUCACGAUAGUGUACCAGAACUGCCAGGAGUAACGGCACCGGGUUGCGCCACACCCGGUUGUGAAUGGCAGUAGCAAAAUCGACACAAACUCCCUGUCAGCAUGGUCUUGAAGGUCAAACCGUUUCAUCGCAUGACUGACCACUGUGAUUCCUGUAUCAGGCAAUUGAUUAACGUGUUGGCUGCGUUGCAGCAGAGAUUCGAAGAGAACGAAGAGAAGUGAAAAAAAAAUCUAGCGGCGUUGUUUUAACAUAGGCCGGCCGUUUCGCAACGCAAGCACAGUGGUAGUGAGGGCGAUAGUUAAGCCCGCUUAAAAAAGUGAUUGAGCAUCGACAUAUUUUUCAACAAUGAAACAACACCGACUGCUGAUCGGUGUGUUGGGAACUUUAAUUGCUUUUCUGCUGAGUCAGCUGCAGACCGUCGGUUCCGAGUACAUUCCACCUGGGCCGAAGUACACAUGUCCGGAAAAAGUAAAAUUCCUGUACCCUUGCGCCUGCACUCAUGGGACGGACGACGGAAUCUACGUUACAUGCGAGAACUCGAAUCUGGCCAGUCUGUCGGUGGCUUUCAUCAAUCUAGCCAGCCUGAAAGUACCUGUGGAGGAGUUGCACAUAAAGCGGUGUAAAAUAAAAAACCUUUUCGGAACCCUGCUGCACAAGCUUAGCGUGAAACGGCUCUUCAUACUCGACACACCCAUCGCCACCAUCAGUGAUCAUGUGUUCUACGGGAUCAACGAUACGCUGCUGGAGCUGCAUCUGGUGCGCAGUGAGUUGACAGCUUUUCCCGCGGAUGCUAUGAAAGUGCUGAGUUUACUGAAAGUGCUCAACAUCGAUGGGCAUCGGGUGGAAAACCUACCCAAAGGUGUGUUCGUAGGCAUGACCUUCGAUGGGGCACUGGAGAAGUUCCAUUUCGUUAAUGGUCUGCUGACCGAUAUGGCGAUGGAAGUUUUCAUGGCAUUUAAAAAGAUAAAAACGUUGGAUCUGCAUGGUAAUCAAUUAGCAACUCUAAAAAAAGGACAGUUCAAAGGUCUUCGGGAGGCAGAGAUCUUAGAUAUAAGUUACAAUAACCUAACGAAACUGGACGCUUCACACGUUUCCGAUUUGACCAAAAUGACAUGGAUCAAUGUAUCGCACAAUGCGUUGUCGGAGAUAACGAGAGGCACAUUUGCUCGUAACGCUGUUCUGAGAGUGCUCAACAUGGCCCAUAACAAUAUCAAGAAAAUUGACGCAAACACAUUCCGUGGGAUGAGGUUUUUGCGGCGACUUCAUUUGAAUGACAACAUGAUAAGUGAUGUUGGGCGAGGAACGUUUGGAUCAGUUACAAGAAUCGGAACCAUCGAUCUAGCGAGAAACAGGAUCAAGAAAGUUGACUACCAAAUGUUCUACCAAUUGAAUUAUAUUGAGAUAUUGAACCUAGCAGAAAAUGAAAUUACAGAAAUACAGAAAGAUUCAUUCAAAGAUCUGUAUCUGACCCACAUUAACAUUUCACAUAAUCGGUUGGAAACGAUAGAGCCAAAGUCCUUCAUCAAUUGUGCUAAUAUGACUGUGCUCGAUUUGUCUCAUAAUCUGAUCAAAAGCAUUCCUAGAACAGCAUUUGACGAAACAACGUACGCUUCAGAGUGGCUGCUUACGCACAACCUGCUGACGAACAUGUCCCAAAUACCAUUGAGCAACAUGACCGGAUUGAGAGUGUUGAACGCUUCGUACAACAAUAUUGUGGAAAUCCCCAAGAAUACAUUCCCAAAACUCUACGAACUGCACACGAUCGACAUAUCGCACAACAACAUAUCCUUUAUUUACAACGCUGUAUUCCAGAAUUUAUUCUCAUUGCGAAUACUAAACCUGAGCAAUAAUGCCCUUGAGAAAAUAGGUCCGUCGACCUUCGGAACGCUUCCAACCCUUCUCGAAAUGGACAUGAGUAACAACAACCUCAAGGAUAUAACUCGUGGUGCAUUGGCCAAAACGAGUGGGCUUCGGUUUUUAAUCAUGUCUAACAACAAACUGGAGCGGAUUUUCCAAAUUCCCAUAUCACUGAACCACUUGAACCUGGCUAAUAACGAAAUCAGUGAAAUUCCCGACAAAACUUGGCCCGUAAUGAAUUCUCUUCUUACGCUUGAUUUAAGUCACAAUAAACUUCAGAAUAAUCUUCAACGAGGUAGCUUCGCUGGUUUGCUAACUCUCCAACGUUUGAACUUGGAAGCAAAUGAAAUUUCUGAACUACCGCGUGAAAGUUUGGCAGAUCUUGGUACCCUGCAGUAUUUACAUUUAAAAGAUAACAAUAUCACCAAAUUACCGAAAGCGGCCCUAGGAAACCUUCCGAUUCUUUUCGAGGUACAGUUGAUGAAUAACGGUUUGAGCAUUAUUAGCGGGAAGGCUUUUGAAGGUCUAUUACAGCUACUCACGUUGAACAUGUCCAAUAAUCUACUGGAUAACAUUCCAAAUGACGCUUUUAUGGGACUUGUGUCUCUUCGGAAGCUGGAUGUAUCGAAUAACCUUCUGAGCACUUUGGACAACAAAACGAAUGGACUGUUGGAUGACUGUCUUAGUCUGGAAGAGAUCGAUUUGAGUAACAAUCGAAUCAGUUUCAUCACAAAAAAAACUUUUCCCUCUAAUCAAUACAUCCCGUACCGUUUGCGGAAAAUCAACCUCAGCUAUAACACGAUGUCGAUUAUAACCCACGAUCUGAAAUUCGGUACAAAAACUGUGACGCAUCUUAACCUGUCUCACAACAACAUCAAAGACAUCCGAAAGGGUGUGCUGGGAAACUUGACCUCGCUUCAAACGCUGGAUAUGUCUUAUAACGAGCUGACCAAGCUGGAAAGUGAUGUUUUCAGUAUGCCGGAGAACUUUUCGGAGCUGAUAUUACACCACAAUCGAAUUCGAAAUGUGUCCUACGACAGUUUGUUGAAGUUGAAACAAUUUGCGUUGCUUGAUCUGCGGGAAAAUCAAAUCCGUAGUUUCGACAAGGAACUGGUGACCAGUAUGAAAGCAACCAACUUGAGUGUGCUCUUUGAAGGCAACCCAUUACUCUGUGAUUGCUACACCCGACCUCUGUAUAAUUACCUGAAAACUUUGCCAACGAUUCCUGACCAAUAUCAAAGCAUAGGUUGUUCGGAACCAAGUACAAACUCGGGAAUGCGCCUGUACACAGUAAGCGAUGAACUUUUGUCGUGUGUACCUGCAGUGAAUCAGGAUAUCUACAAAAUUCUUCCGGACCUCCGGUUCCGAGAAGUGACGUAUUUUCGGGGUCAACUGAUUGCUCACUGGUACGUCACCUCAACCAAAGACAUCGGAGACUUCUAUGUGUACAUUCGCGAUCGACAAAAUAAUAUCAUUUUCGAGCGAGUAGUGUCAUACAGUAGCCGAUUGGCGACUAUCAAAGGGAGGGAUAUCAAUUCGAACGAUUUGUCCUCGCUGGAGCUCUGUGUGCUUGCCAAAAGCAGUAGCGAGGAGAUCAAUUUUCUCGAGACGCAGUGCGUUCAACUGCCGAAAGAUUUCGAUGCGGUGAGACAGAAGUACAACGAGAACUACAACUACAAACUGCCCUUGAGUCUGACGGGUGACCGGAAUGAGCGAUCCGGUAGCUGUGAUAAUGCUGUAAUAAAUAGUUUAGUAUUGUUAGUAAGUGUAGCCAUCGGUGUGCUUAGUGGCCGUGCUUGCAGGUUCAGUUAGCGUUGGUAGUAUGCAGAAUGAAAAGUUUAGCACCUAAGUGACAUUUUAUUUUUCAUACCACGAUGCAGCAAUGCAAAUAAAAUAUUUAUUGGUAAAAUAUCGUUCGUUUCUAAUUCAGUUAGCACAUGGUUGAAAUUCAUGCCAUCCGUGAAAGUUUGCAAGAGAAAUGUUAGUACUUGACAUUGAUAGCAAUAAACUCGUCCAACAAACUGCUGACGCGUGAAUAAAUAAGUGCGAUAUUCGACAACCAAAAUUUCCAAUAAAAAUGAAUUACAAUUUUUCA